AUGGAUAAACUCUUCAUUGAUCAGCAUGAGGAUGCUGAACACAUUGUUACAACUUCUUCCUGUCUCCUCAGUAAAGGUCAUACCUACAGUCUGCACUGUCCUGAGGCCUCCAGAGUCCAACCUGCAGCUUCACAGUUCAAGAACAAUUAUGGACCAAAUUAUCACCCAGCCUUUGAGAUUCGACUCAGCGUAAGUACCGAGGAGGCAGCUGUUACCAUCUUAGGCCAGAAGAAGACACCUGUGUGGAGCUACCAUGCAGAACUUACUGGUUUAAGCUCUGCAUCACGCUCAGGCCUAUCAGUCUCGUCCUCAGCCACAGAACCAGACUCAGUCCAUGAACGUGGAGGUUCUGGCCCAAGUGGACAAACUCCACCAGGGCCAGUGAUUCUCCAAGGGGAGGAAGAGAAGAAACUGUUCUCUGUUAGGAGAGAGUUUAUUAACAGAGUCAGCGAUUCUACUGUUCAGCGCUUGCUGGAUCGUCUGCUGGAAAUAAAAGUCAUAAACAACCAAGAAAUGGUGUCGUUGGAAGAAAUGCCCAAAAAGAAAAAAGCAGGAGCACUAAUUGACAUGGUCUUAGGAAAAGGAAACGCAGCCUGUAAAAUCCUGUUCGAAAGCUUGUGUGUCUUAGAUCCGUUUCUUUCCGAGACACUUGAGCUGAAACAAAAAUAA